UCUGUCUCUCUCCUUUGAUCAAUAAUGAUCAACAUAGGCGAAAAUAGAAGUUGGUUUCGCCUUUAAUGGAGUUCUCAAGAGCUCCUAACACAUAGUAGAAAGAAAGAAAGCUUGUUGUGGUUCGGUCAUGGCUCUUAAUAAAGGCAACUAUCAAACCCAAUUGCAACAUCAACAACUACAACUGCAACUACAACAAGAACACCACCAGCAGCAGCAGAAGGAACAACAAAUUUCUUACGGAAUGAUGCAAUCAUCAUCUUCAAACUUCAUAAGUAAAGAUAGUGGAGCUUAUGACUUGGGUGAAUUAGAUCAAGCCCUCUUUCUUUAUCUUGAAGGACAAGAACCCCACUCUUCUUCAGUUCAAGAACAAAGACAAAGCACAGGAUUCAGGCCUCCAACUCUGAACAUUUUCCCAUCUCAGCCUAUGCAUGUAGAGCCAUCUACAAAGGUUACUGCAAUUGUUUCAACUCCUUCUCCAACAACAAAUAGUGGUUCAAAGAGAUUAUCAGAACCAUCCAUGGAGUUGGCCAACCAAAGAACAGAUCAUCAUGUCUCAUCUCUACCUGAAUCAGCAAAGACAGUCAAGCGUGAAGGAAAUCGAAAAGGGCCAACUUCAAGUUCAGAGCAUGAAGGGCCAAAAACACCAGACCCCAAGACACUUAGAAGGCUUGCUCAGAAUAGAGAAGCAGCUAGAAAAAGCAGGCUAAGGAAAAAGGCCUAUGUACAGCAGCUGGAAUCAAGUAGGAUUAAGCUCACUCAGCUUGAACAAGAGCUCCAAAGGGCUAGAUCUCAAGGUAUUUUUUUUGGAGGAGGAGGAGGAGGAGCCCUUUUAGGGGACCAAGGCCUCCCAGUUGGCAUUAACAGUAUAAGCUCAGAUGCGGCGGUUUUCGACAUGGAGUAUGCAAGGUGGCUCGAGGAACACCACCGGCUCAUGUGCGAACUCCGAGCGGCGGUGCAAGAACACUUGCCGGAGAACGAGUUACGGUUAUUCGUCGACAAUUGUCUAGCACACUACGAUGAAAUUAUGAAUCUUAAGAGCAUGGUAUUGAAAUCAGAUGUGUUUCAUAUUGUUUCCGGCAUGUGGAAGACACCAGCAGAGCGGUGCUUCAUGUGGAUGGGCGGAUUCCGGCCAUCGGAGCUUAUCAAGAUUAUUGUGAAUCAUAUUGAGCCAUUGACGGAGCAACAGAUUAUGGGGAUAUGUGGGUUACAGCAGUCGACACAAGAGGCUGAGGAAGCUUUGUCGCAAGGGCUUGAAGCCCUCAAUCACUCCCUCUCGGACACAAUUGCCUCUGAUGCGCUUAGUUGCCCUCCCAACAUGGCCAACUAUAUGGGUCAGAUGGCCAUAGCCAUGAACAAGCUCUCCACCCUCGAAGGUUUCGUCAGACAGGCGGAUAAUUUGAGGCAGCAGACACUGCAUAGACUGCAUCAGAUAUUGACGAUCCGUCAGGCUGCGAGGUGUUACUUGGCCAUCGCUGAGUACUUCCAUAGACUCCGAGCUCUUAGUUCUCUGUGGUUGUCACGACCACGUCAAGAAUGAAUCACCCCGCCAUCUCCAAAGUCUUCUUAAAAUUCUCUUUUAAGUUGAACUUUAAAGGGAUCCCCCCCUCUUCAAAGUUCCUUUUGACUCGAUCAAUCUUUUUACAAUGGAGAUGUAUAGGUAGUUAGAUUAUAGAGAUUAAUAGAAAGCA